AUGGAACAUCUAUACCAGCCUCACGGCAACCGAGUCGAGGAUCCAACGAACAAACAUUGCACCUGCCCUACUCAUCGAGUAUAUAAGUCACUGCCGUCAUGGUCUCGGAUCCACAUCUCUUUCUGUCUCAUAAUGAGAAUCGUUUUACUAAUUACAUUGGCGGUGUCAGUCGCAUUCGCCCAAUUUGCUCAGCAAUAUCCACAACAAUACACCACCCGGCAAUAUGGUUUCCAACAGCCAGGAUUCAGGUUUAAUCAAUACAGCAGUAACAACGGCUACAACCCUGGCUAUGGGACCACAGCGUACAGUAAUAGCAUUUAUGGCACGACACCCACCACUCAGUAUGGACAGUAUGGAUACGGAACUACGCCAUCCACGUAUGGAACCACCAACAAUCAGUAUGGGUACGGAACGACGACCAAUGGAAGACAGUACGAUCAGAAUUACUGGAACGGUGUCGGAUCAACGACAGCGUUGAUGGCUGUUAUCACCACUGCUGUAGCCUAUAUUCUGUGAAGAAUGUGACCGCUCAGUUCUCAUAUUAUAAGCCUUUGAUCUUGUCCGAAUGAUGUAUGUGCUGCUUAUAAGCAGAAUAAUAAAUAGAAAAUGUUCC